GGCUUUCAUGAGUGUUGAAUUUGUGGGCUUAAAAUUAUAAUAUUUGGGUCAGAACAAUAACGAAAGCUUAGCCGAUUCUCACCUUCACCUUUUUCAAGAUUGGCGACGAUUGAUUUCUAGGGUUCUUCGUCUUCUUGGCUAAAAUGGAAGUUCUGGAAUCUAAGUGUCGAUCUCCGUUCCUUUCGUUUCGUCUUCAGUUCAUCUCCCCCGAUUCAUUAUGGGAUGAAGUGGUCCAUCGCCAUUAACAUCCUUCUUAACGCAUUGGACCCACGCAAACCAGGAUUCGUCAUUCAAUGCUCCAUCUCCCUUCCAGGCGGUGGAACUAAACCUAUAAAAAGGGAUGAAUUGAAGUUGGAAGUGCAGGAACUAUUGUUUGAUGGUUUCAGAUUGCUUUGUUUGCAAUUGGGUUUGUGCCUCUUUUUGGAUUUUAAGCGAUGUGUCUGUGUGUCACGUUAGGUCUUUCGUGAUGCUGGUAGCUUUCGUUUACGGGCAAUGAAUCGAUUUUGAUUUUGUGUCUAUUUGUUGAUGUUUUGAUUAUUAAUUUUUUUCAUUCAAAAUCUUUAGUUUAUGAUUUUAUUUUAUUUUCAGGGCUAAUGAUUUGAUUGUUUAGGGUAUUGUUCUCAGAUUGACAAAAUGUACCCGCUUGAUUUCAUGGAAGUUGGGAGAGUUGUAGUUCACUUGAAAAGGGAGGAUGGGGUGAAACACCAAUUAGGUAAAAAGGAAUUGAAAACGCACCGUUUUGGGUUUUCUCUCUAGAGGGCGAUUUUGAGGCGAUUCGAAGAUAGGGUUUUGAGGAUGGAUUCGGCUGCGCCGCCGGGUUCUCCUGUCUCUCCGACGAGGGAUAAAGAGGUUACGGAGGUUCGCGAUGAGGGCUCUACGGUGGGGAAGACAGAUUUACCUACCAUUCCGAAGGUUGGUCCGAGUUGGGUGUAUGUCGCCCAAGACAAAAAGGUGUUGAAGAAGUUCGAUGUUGAGAUUACAAACAAGGAUGGUCUUCAUUUGGUGGUGAUUCCGGAGGAGGCUCUAGCCAGUUCGACUCCAUUUUGGGAGGAUUUCGUUGUUGGAAAGUUUCUGGACAUCUCCCCCCCAUGUUGCUAAGGUCCACAUGGUUUUAAACAAGAUUUGGAAGUAUGGUGAGGUUGGUGCGAAGGUGGAUGUGUUUGAAGUAAAUGCGACAACAAUGAAGUUCAGGGUUUCUAACCCGAAAGCUAGGGAGAAGAUCCUGAAGAAAGGUAUGUGGAGUAUUGCAGGUGUCCCAAUGGUUGUGACAAAGUGGACUCCGAGGGCAGAGGAAGAAAAACAAGAAGAGGAGGCCAUCCCAAUGUGGGUACAUCUCCGUAGGGUCCCUCUUCAUAUGUUCUCCUGGGAAGGUCUCGACUUCAUUACGAGUGCAGUGGGUUUCCCGGUCAAGUUACAUCCAGAGACGUUAGCUUGCUCUAACUUUGAAGAAGCAAAAGUCUUUGCGAAGGUUGAUGUUUUAAAGGCCCUCCCCAGAGUCAUCAACUUUACAAAGAAUGGGAAAGAGUUUGAGGAGGAUUUUCAUUUCUCCUUGCUCCCUGCCAGAUGCAAGUUGUGUGACAAGUGGGGGCAUAUGGAGGAGGUCUGUAAGAUGAGAGAGAAGGACAGUGGGAAAGGGUUAGGCACUGAUUCAGGAAAGGUGGAUGAAGGUGCUCUGGUUUCAUCUAAGCAGCAGGAGAGUACUAAUGAGGAAGUUGCUCAGGUAAAUGAAGAAGUGAUAGUAGAGAAGUGUGUGGAAGCUGAUACACAAAAGAAAGAGAAUCCAGUAGGGGAUAAGACAGUUGUAACUUCAGAUGAGUCAAGCAACUGGGCGCUAGUCUCACCAGCGAAAAUGGGAAGGUCUCCGGUCCAAGCAAAUCAGACAGAGGUCCUUCACAUUUCAGCUUCGAAAUUCUCAGUCUUGAGUGUUGAAGAGGAACGGGAGGAAGGGGAAAUACUACAUAUAAGUCACUAGUGUUCUGAUGCAGAGGCUCAGUUAACUAACGGGAGUAAUGCUGAGGGAAGAGAGGUAGCUGAUGAGGGUAUUACUACCGCAAAGACAGUAGUGGAGCAGUCGAGUAAGGUUCAAGAGGAAGGUGAACCGAGUGAACCAAGUACACCACAUGGGUCAAAAGGGAACAAGGCUAAGUCACAGAAUGCAAAUUCGGUGACUAUGAGCACCAGGUCUUCCCGCCGUCAUCAUUAAUAUGUCGAGUUUCUUUUGGAAUGUGCGCGUAUUCAACAAACCAUUGAAACAUUCCGUGAUGAAAGAGUGGCUCAAUAAUAAAGAUAUGAAGUUUGGUUGCAUCUUGGAGACAAGAGUAAAGGAAAAAAAGGCAGAAAGAAUUUUGGGUUCGGUGUUCAAGGAUUGGUCUUCGAUGACUAACUACGAGCACAGUCAGGGAGGGAGAAUUUGGUUGCUGUGUUCGGUUGACUCCAGUGUACAAGACAGAUCAGCUGAUCACUGUCUCUGUCUCUUUGGAGAAUGAAGAAGAGUUUUUCUCAACAUUUGUCUAUGCUACUAAUGAGGUGGAUGACAUGAAGCAGUUGUGGGAAGAUUUAUGUCACCACCACGGCUCUCCUUUAUUUCAAAACAAAGCGUGGAUGAUUAUGGGGGAUUUCAACGAGAUACUUGAAGUGGGAGAACAUUCAGGAGGCGAUAGUCUGAUUCGAGUUUCGAAUGGUACAAGGGAUUUUCAGAGGAUGGCUCUUCAUUGUCGUCUUUCAGAUAUGGGGUAUUAGGGGCCUUUAUUCACCUGGUGCAAUAAAAGAGAAAAAGGUCUUAUUUGUAAGAAGUUGGAUAGGGUCCUUAUAAAUGAUGUGGCAAUGCUUAAGUUUGCGAAUGCAUAUUCAGUGUUUGAA